CAACCUGGAGCCACACCCCACCCAGGAGGUCCCAGGGCUGGGUUUUCUGUUUGACUUCUACCCAUUACACAACUGUGCGAAGUUCUAACAACCUGCUAGGAUUGUAACCUUGGAAUGCAAGCCUUCAGGGUGCCUCUUUGGGAAAAGAAAGGAGAACUAGCAGAACAGCGCCAGUGUACGUCUGAUGAAGUCAAAAGCCUGGUGAGGAAGAGAAGUUAAACUUCUAGGGGGAACUUAUAUAAUGGACAAUCUCCACAACAGAUGUUAACAAAAAAUAAUCCAGAUGGGGUGCAGGUGCUGUAAAAUGAUACAAAGCUAUCUCUUCGAUCCUGUGCAAAUGCCCUCCCCUGGCUAUGUCAAUGAAAUAAGCAGCUGCAAGUUAGAUGAAGACGACAUCAUUCAAUUAAAAGACAAACAGUGCAGUGAAGUCCUGGUGCAUAAAAAUGAUCUUCAUAAUGAGGGUUUGAAGAGAACUGAGAGCCAAAGCAGAACGACUAGUUUCCAGGAGCUCUGCCGGCCCCACCAAGGACCUCUCCCUCAGAGGGACCCAGGAGGGAACCACUGUGUGGAGAAGACUGAUGAUGCUGUCAAUGGUGUUGGCCCCGCUGCUGCUCUGCAGCCCCCUGGGAAUCCCAGGUCCCAGCACAGUGACAGGGGCUCCUUGGCCAGUACUGCAAACGACAACGUUCACCCAGCUCUUCCAUUCCUUGAAGGAGGGGGUGCCAGGAAACAGGAUGGUGUGCUGCCAGCUUCAGAAGAGACCCAAGUCGUCCAAAAUGGAGGCUCCAGAGCUCCUUCCAAGGCAGAAAUUCAUGCCUUGGGCGUACAAGACCAUGUCUUAGAGAUACCAGCUCCAGAUUACCCUCAGCUUUGGGGCUCAGCGGUAGACAGUGUUGAUCAUGAGGAAAAGGACUGUCUUUUCCAGAAUCAUGUUGAGGAUGAGCCCCGGAAGCAAAUUUUCCUUCCUAACUUGAAUAUGACCUGCAUGUCGAGAAGCUGGGAUUCAUUAAAUGAGGGCGUGGCAGCAGAAGUUUUAAGUGUCUGCUUUAAAGAGGAGGAUCCUGCUCCUGCAGAGCCUGUGGUCGAUCCAGGAAAUGGGCGGGAGGAUGUCCAUGGUUCCAACGGAGGCAGGAACGGAGAGAUGGUGGAUGAGGACGCAGCGGUGGCAGAAGCCCUCGCGGCUUUAGAAGCUGCUACUGCAGGAGAAGAUAUCGAUGAGGUAUAUUAGGUGAGGGGAUUGUGCAGGCCAGCAAGCUACUGUCUGGACAUAGCUGAGCAUGAGGGGUACAUCUGCUCUUAGAUACAGAGCUGGUAUUCCUCCAGCAUGCGCCAGUGCAGCCAUACCGGUCGUUUACACCAGCCUCUAUUGGGAUUGUCAUACCUGUGCCAUACUGCUUGUUACAUAUUUGAAGUAUCACUCUGUUUAGAUGGGCUCUCGUAUAGAACAUGACACUAGAAUAAAAAUCAGAGUGGGCUAUUGCACUCACACUCACAGCAAAUGCAGAAAUUAAGCAACCUGUUUGCCAUCCCUCAAAGGCCCCUGGAAUAUCUGAUUCAGGUGUCCACAAGAAUGCUCUGAAGUCCCAGCCCUUAAUCCCAAAGGCUCAGAAUCUCGAAGCAUUCUGUUUGACUGUAAAUUCCUUACCUUGCUUUCGAGAGCCAAAUGUUAGCCCGAACCUGGACAAGGUGAUGACCCACUGGAAGUGCCUAAUGUGUACCCGGAGCGUGGCUUACCUUCAGGGACAAUCGCCCAGGGAACUGAUAACUAUUUGUUUAACAAUGAGUUACACUCAGAAGCUUUCAGGUAGAGCAGAAGUCACCAGUAAACAAAUGGUUAGUCAUUAGCUGUGAUACUAAGGCACCAUAACCUUAACUUUUUUACGUUAUUACUUUUUAAUCUCUUUUGGGAUUGGGGAGGCUGGCCAAAAUAAUUCAUAAACCUCCUGUGUCAUAUUUGGAUCUUAAGUUCAUGAGGUUUGGAACCACCAAGGGAAAUGGGGAUUGUUUUAUGCCAUUAAAUGUCUGACUCUGAUUAAAAUAUAACAUGUUUGUCUUAACUCAAAAGUGGUUAUAACUUUCUCAGAUGGAGUGUCAGUGUUGCUUGACGUUUCUUUCAAUUUACAAGUUAUACCAGGAAAUUACAGCCGAGGAAGAGACCAAGUCAGCGAGCUGAGCAAGGCCUUGGCUCUCUGUUCCUCAAGUUCAAAGUCUGAUACCAGGCCUACUGCCUUCCCUUACGGAUGGCCAAGCCCUCUCUGGAUUUCAGCCUUCUAAUUUAUAAAAACAAGGACAGCCGUUCUGACAUAGCUCCUUGGAGAAUAUGUAAUAGUUGAAGAUGAUCGAAAUGCUCUGUAAAUAUACAAAAGUAUGAACAUGAAAGUCGAUUUUGUAUGUAUGGUGUUUCAUAGCACAGGCUCUGAAAUCUGAUUAACCCUGGUUUGAUUUCCAGCUUUGCCAUGUGGCCUUUGGCAAGGAACUUCUCCCUUCUAUUUGUCCCUCUGUUAAGUGAAAAGAGUAAUAGUGUAUACUUGUGAAGAUGAAAUGAGAUGAUACGAGUGUUUUUUAAAGUGCCCGGCACACAGUAGGCACUCAAUAAAAUAAGUCUUACUAGCUAAAAACAAAUCCUUUGAAAAAAUUUUAUAUCCCCACAACUGACAACUCUAAUAUUGUGAAGUACUUAUUAUAAUGUCAUUGCUGCCUUUCAGUAAUUAUUCAUCAUUAAAUAUGAUUUCUGAGCCUUCUAACAUCUUUAAGAUUGACCUCCUUAAAAACGCUUAGUAGGAAUAUGUUAUGCUGGGUUUGUUGAGUAUUGUGAUGACAAGGUGUCUCUACAUACGAGGUCACUCAGCCCUGAAAAGAUAAAGUGUUGGCGUUGUGAAUUGCAGUCUAGGUGUGUUUGCUAUUGCAUUUAGUAUACCAAAUGCAUAAAUGCACAUUCCUUCAGCAGUUUCCCAAGUGUAUCAGUUGGGAUUAGCUUCAUCCACGUGUGAUAAAUGGCUUAAACAAACAGUUUAUUCCUCUCCAAUGUAAAAGAGGUCUGUAGGCAGCAGUCCAGGCUGCUAGGGCAUCCUGUGGUAUCAGAGAUCCAUGUUUCUACCAUUUUAGUUUCCGUUCUCAAGGUCACCUCAUGGUCCAAAAGGGCUACUGGAGCUUUAGUCAUUAUAUUUCUUUCCAUGCAGGAAAAAGAAUAAAGAGUCAAAAGAUGCUACUCCCUCUCUUUAAAGGACUUCCACUUAUAUCUCUUGGUCAGCAGCUGGUCACUUGGCCACAUCUAGCCACAACAGAAGCUGGGAACAGUAGGUUUUCUAGCUGUGUGCAUGGCCUCCUCACAUAAUUCUAAACUGAGAAGGGGGAGAAUGGACAUCGAGUUUUAGGGCGGACAGCUUAUACUGCCACACCCGAUCCUCAAAACACAAAAGCCUGGGAUAAUGCCAGUUUUGAAAGGGUUUGAAAUUUUUUAUUUAGUAUGACAUAGAAGGGACUUAAGCCUCUGGUUCAGGGGAAGGAACACUGGGCACACACCACCAUCUCAACGUGCUGCUAAUACCUCCAUACAGAAAAAUAAAAGAAGAAAAUGCAGACAGGGAAGAGGUAGGGUAAGGUGUGAGUGCAGACAGGUCUCUUUCCCUUGAACGGAAACAUACUUUUGCAUACAUACAUAUUAUAAUUUUACAUUUUAGGACUGCUACAGAAAUUCACCUACUUGACAACUCUUUUAGAUACUAAAGAUUCUUUUUGUGUGAAUAAGUGCUUCCAAAGGGUUAAAGAUGACCAAGAAUUCCUAGCAUUUUUUAAAAGCAAUUCUGCCCCCUUUUAUCUUUACUCAAAAAUCCAGUCUCCACCAAAGGAUGUCAGAGGAAAGUCAGAAUCUUUCCGUUAAAAAGAAGUUCCAGAUUUCAGCCUUAUCCCUCAGGUUGUCUAGCAGCUAUGUUAAGAAUCCAGCUGUGUUGUAGAAUCUUCUUUCUGCAACCUGGCUCGGCACAACCCCUAUCAGAAAAGUAAUGAUGAAAAUCAAACAUUUUGGGCAAUUCGAACGUACAGAUUUCACUCUGAAUAUAAAAUACUUGCUGUGAUCUUAGCAAAUUGCAUCAUGUGGAUAUUGACCAUGUUACAUCUUGAUUUUGAUUUAAGAUUAUUUAAUAUUGCAUAUAGGUUUCUUGAGCUGGAAAAAUACAUUUUACUGGGAAAAUUAAGCUAUCAUGCAAAUUUGAAAUUAAAUGUUUUUCUCUAUUUUCCAAUGCAGAUACUAGCAAAAUGUUCCAACUGGCAAACCAGGUCACCAAAAGAGCAAAGAGAAUUUUGUAUAAAACCCAUUACCGUCAAGUCAAUUCCGACUCACAGUGGCCUUAUAGGACAGAGUAGAACUGCCCCUACAGGGUUUCCAAGGCUGUAAUCUCUAUGGAAGCAGACUGCCGCAUCUUUUUCCCAUGGAGUGACUGGUUGAUUUGAAUCACCAACCUUCCAGUUAGCUACUGAGUGCUUAACCACUGUGUCACCAGGGCUCCUUGAAUUUAAUUAAUGGCCUGUUUGCCCAUGUUCUCUAAAUGCUUGUCAUUCCUCAUUUCUCUUUCCUAUCCUACUCUGUGUCUCUGACCCAAAGAGUUAGAUUCUCUGUUGUCUUCCAUCAGCAUCACCAAACAGGAGGCCCUAGGAAGAAUGAUUAAAGCACCCAGAGCAGCACGUGCAUUCCUGACUUCCCUUAGUUUUGACAUCUGAUGCAUGGGUGGCACAAACGCUUAAGCACUUGGCUGGUGGUUUGAGGCCACCCAGAGGUGUGUUGGAAGAAAGACCUGGUUAUCUACUUCCAAAAAAUCAGUCAUUUAAAACUCUAUGGAACACAGUGCUACUCUGACGCACAUGGAUCACUAUGAGUCGUGAUCAGCUCAACAGCAACCGUCUUGGGCUCUUGGUGCAGUAACUUAGAAAAUGGAACUAGUAUGAACUAGUGCUCGUUCCUUUGAUUUUCAGUUUUCUACUAUAGGUACAGACACAGGACAUGACCUCCAGUCUUUGACUUUGACUUUACUUUUUGACCGAGGGGGACUCCUUUUUGCACAAUGAACAUUUCAUGAUGAAAAUUUGGAAAUUCUUGCUUUCUGCUUAUUUUUUUUUUUCCCCUUGUAGGUCAAACCUCAUUAAUUUUAAAAUCCUGUUUUGGCAUGUAUAAUAAUUAAAAAGAGGGAAGCUAACAUUUGUUUUUCAUGGUAAAUGCUUUUCCUGUUAAUUUGUGGAAAAACAAGUCAUUUAUUUGUUUGAUAAAUUUGAAAGUUUCUUCCACAUAUCAAGUUACAUAUUUAAACAGUCUGAUGACUUUCGAAGCACCCUCAACCACUUGAAGAAACACAUUGCCUGCCAGCUGUCAUGCUGCUUGUAGAUGCUUCCUCCCUGUAUGUGGAAUUCAGUCACUUGAAGGUGACUGACUGUUAGCAAACUUUUUCAGCUUGAAGUGACCAUAAUAAACGUGCCAUUUGCAUAGAUAUUGGAGCCCUGGUGGCACAGUGGUUAAGCAUUUGGCUGCUAACUGAAGGGUCAACAGUUGGAAUCUACCAGCUGCUUCUUGGAAACCCUAUGAGGCAGUUCCGUUCUGUCCACUAGGCUUGCUUUGAGUCGGCAUCGACUUAGUGACAACAGGUUUAGUGUUUUUUUCUAGGAUAGUGUAUAGCACAAAGUGGGAACUCAAUACAUUAUUUGCUGAAUGAAUGAAUAAAACCUCUUUACCAGUCUAGUUGAGGAGACGUGAUAAGCCAAAAACCCAGCUAACUAAUCUUAGAUUUCUGCAUGCUAAUUGUGAGAUGGUGCUAUGUUGUAAUAAAGGUAUAAGUGUAGGGCUGUGAAGUCACAAGUCUGUAUGUAUUUGAGAGAAAAGAAAUUCCAUUUAUUCCUGUUUUCACCCUCAGACAAUCCUGCUCAUUUGUGUAAAGAGGCUUCACAGCAGUCUGUGGAAAGGUAGGCACAGUAGUUUGAGCAGCUGGUGAAGGUUUGGUCUCUAUAAUGGGCCAUGUUACCCUGAGGACUGCAUCCCAAAUUGAGACAAAAACCUUAAGAAAAUCAGUGCUUGGGGCCAAGCAGUGGGCAGCUUGGCUGACCACAUUUUUCUGACAUUUUCAACUCAAUCUUAAAAGUCCUGGGGGAUAAAAAAAUAAAGGAUGUGCAUGCGUGUAAUGGAAACCCUGGUGACAUAGUGGUUAAGUGCUACAGCUGCUAUCCAAAAGGCCGGCCGUUCAAAUCUACCAGGUGCUCCUUGGAAACUCUAUGGGGCGGUUCUGCUCUGUCCUAUAGGGUCACUAUGAGUCAAAAUCGACACAACGGGGUUUUAUUUUGGUUAUGUGUAAUAAGACUCAGACCAGUGGGAUGCAGACCCCAAAUUCUCAUAAAAAGACCAUACUUAAUGGUCUGACUGUGACUAGAGGAAUCCCAGCGGGCAUGGUCCCCAAACCUUCUGUUAGCACAGGACAGGAACCAUUCCCGAAGACAACUCAUCAGACGUGAAAGGGACUGGACAGUGGGUAGGAGAGAGAUGCUGAUGAAGAGUGAGCUAAUUAUAUCAGGUGGACACUUGAGACUGUGUUGGCAUCUCCUGUCUGGAGAGGGGAUGGGAGGACAGAGAGAGUUGGAAGCUGGCAAAAUUGUCAUGAAAGGAGAGUCUGGAAGGGCUGACUCAUUAGGGGGACAGCAAGUGGGAGUAAGGAGUAAGAUGUAUAUAAACUUAUAUGUGACAGACUGACUUGAUUUGUAAACGUUCACUUGAAGCUCAAUAAAAGUUAAUAAAAAAAAAAAAUAAUAAGACUCAGACCUCACUUUUCUCUCAGCUCCUGUUGAUAGGUGCCAUCAAGUAGGUUCCGACUCAUAGUGAUCCCAUGGGACAGAGCAGAAAUGCCCAGGGGUGGAUUACCCAGUAAGCAAGGUAAACCUGUGUUUACCUUGCUUACUGGGUAAUCCAACCCUGUCAGGGAUCGUAAAUUUGAAAAGAGGCUUUGAUUCUGUAGGAAGGUGCCGUGGGUUUGGAAGAGAGACAGAUGGCAGCCAUACCUAGAAGCGGAAUCUUUGAUGGGGUGAAAAAAUGUGAAGUUGAUCACUACAGAGGGUCUGGUAAGCAAGGUAAGUGCCAUGCUUUCAUCGCCUGUUGGAUAACCUGCCCCUGCCAACUGCCUCAAAGGGCUGUCUUGGUUGUAAUCUUUAUGGGAGCAGAUCCUCACGUCUUUCUGCCUCAGAGCAGCUAACCUUUUGGUUAGAAGCCAAGUGCCACCAGGAAUCCUUUCUUGGCUCCUAGGGGUGGAGAGAGGUGCCUCGGGGGUUGGCUGUAAACUUCAGUGGAGCAUCUGGCAGGCUGAUUAUCAAAGCGGAUUUCUAGGCCUCACCUCUCAGAGAUUCAGCAGGUCUAGGGUGGGGCCCUGGCAUCUGCAUCCUUGGUGUGGCCGAUUCUCCUGCCACAUUUUGAGAAACACGAAGAUGACUUCAGGGGUCUCUAUACCUUUAUGACUACUACAAAAUUUUGCACACUUACUUCUAGUAUGUGUACACCUAAAUGCACUGGGCUCUUGUACUAAUAUGUUAUAUAUCUUACAAAGCAAUACUGGGACGAGAUAAGAAAUAUAAAU